AUGGAGCCGGGACCUUUGGAUCCGACAGUUCUACAUGGACAGGCCAGACACAGGUCAUCUGUAGCAUGGACAGGUGUAGACUCUAAGGAGCUUCAUUGUAGACGGCGUGAGGCGAUCUUCCAUCGCACCAGUGUCCUCGACGAGCGUAUUAUUCCGUUGUUGCAGCGGGCAGGCUUCUAUGGUGUUGCACGCUUAGGAUUCAUUUCCUUGGAUUGGCAUCUUAUUACUGCAUUUGUUGAGAGAUGGCGACCUGAGACUCAUACCUUCCACUUACCUCAGGGGGAGUGCACGAUUACACUACAGGAUAUUGCCAUGUUGAUUGGACUACCAGUAGAUGGAGAUGCAGUUACUGGUAGCACAUGUUUAGAUUGGAGGCGUGUAUGUUAUUCUCUAUUAGGACUCACUCCUGGAGAUACAGACAUAGAUGGCCAGCGCCUUCAUCUUACAUGGUUGAGUCAGAGCUUCCCUACUUUGGCACCAGAUGCUGAUGAGGAGUCUAUUCAGCGUUAUACUAGGGCUUAUAUCUUACAGCUCAUUGGAGGUUUUCUAUUUUCAGGAAAGUCUAGCGAUAAGGUGCAUCUUAUGUUUUUACCCCUUCUAGAGGAUUUUGAGGUUGCUGGUAGGUAUAGUUGGGGUAGUGCAUGUUUAGCCUGGCUUUAUCGACAGUUGUGUCGAGCCUCUCAUAUUGAUACACAUGAUAUAUCUGGCCCACUGAUUUUGCUCCAGUUAUGGGUAUGGGAGAGGUUCCCAUUUAUUGCACCUCAUCGUUUACGUGUAGCUCCACAUGAUGACCAGCUGCCUCCACCUCCAUUGGCCAUUCGGUGGAGAGAUGAGUUUCGGACUACUUCCAUUAGCAUGCACGUCUUAGCUCAGUAUAGGCACCAUCUUGAUCGACUUACAGCAGAUCAGAUUAUAUGGCAGCCUUAUGUUGAUGACAUGAAUGUUGGUCUUCCUGAUUAUUGUACUGCUGGGAAAGAUAUAUGGUGCACUAUCUCACCUUUGAUAUGUUUCCACAUAAUUGAAUGGCAUAGACCUGAUCGAGUAUUGCGGCAGUUUGGUUUUCGUCAAGGGAUUCCUCAACCAUGUGAUAAUGAGUCAAUCUUACACAAGUGUGAUUUGAGAGGUAGACAUGAUGUUGAUUGGACUACUCGACAUGGAGACUACAUUCGACGUUGGAGCUCUAGGCGUGAGCAUAUUGCUAGAGGCGAGAUGGCUAUAGGUUCAUUAGGGUAUCAUGAUCCAUACAUGGUGUGGUAUCGCUCCAUUACUAUUCGGUUUCUUACUCGGACUGGGUCCUUCCACGAGCUAUUGACUACCAGCAUACACCAGAUAUAUGAUAUUGCACCUCCAGAUGAUUUUCGCAUUCGCAGGCUAUGUACUACUGUAUUAGAGGCCAUACAUGAGAUGGAUCGCUUAGAUGCUCCAUUUAGUGUUGAUGCUACUACACAGCUCCAGCCUCCAUCAGGAGAUGUACGACCUACACGACGAGGGCCUCGUACGAGAGAGAUUAGGCAUACACCAGUUGUUCCCCGAGUGCGACCAUCGACUGACAUUAGUCCACCUCAUCAGCAGCCGACAUCAUCCAUUACUCGAUCAGGAGGUGUACGGACUAGAGGGGGAGGGUCUCAUACGAGGAGUAGUCCACCACCUCAUCAGCAGUCGAUAUCAUCCAUCACUCGAUCAGGAGGUGUACGGACUAGGGGAGGAGGGCCUCAUACGAGGAGUAGUCCACCACCUCAUCAGCAGCCGAUAUCACCCAUUACUCGAUCAGGAGGUGUACGGACUAGAGGGCGAGGGGCUCAUACGAGAGGGACUAGCCAUACAUCUGUUCUUAGAGAUGCACCAUCGACUGACAUUAGCCUGCCACCUGUUCAGGAGACUCCUAUUACACCUAUGGAGGUGCCAUCCACUCCACCUGUAGUACCACUUGUUGCAUCAUCACCACCAUCGAUAGAGGCUUCUUUGGUUCAUGAGGAGUUAGUUCAUAUAGCAAAUGAUGAUCAACAAGGACAAGAGACUAAUCGUGGUCGAGGACAUGGUCGAGGACGUGGUAGGAGACGUGGUCGUGGAGCUCAUGGAGGGUUACAUGUUAGCCCCAUAGAGCCACUAGUGGAGCAUGCACAUCAUAGACGUCCAUUACGGAAGAGGAAGGCUCCUUCGUGCGGUACACAUUGAGGAUGUUACUACAUAUGACUUAUAUUUUGGAUACUAUUAGUAUUUUGCAUAUGAU